AGAGAGAACCGGGCACCUCAGUUUCGAACCGGUGGGCCGGAGGGAAACAGCUCCGUGACCCUGAAUCCAAGUCCUCUUUGUUCGUCUCUCUCUCUCUCUCUCCUUUAUCAUUUUCUUCUUUCUCCUUUAUAUUUUUUCCCCUCCCCCUUUUCUUUCACGUUCGUCUCUCUUACCGGACACGUUUUUCGCGUGGAUCGGGCUCGAUACGGUAUAUCGAUACCUCUUCGACCUCAGUUGUCGAUUCUUGUGUGUCGUUCCUCGCUCGCUUCGAAACUUGUGCGCUCGAUCCGGCGGUGGAUCUCGGCGACGGUUGGAGUCGGUUUCGUGUUUCCGGGAAGGUUCCUUCCCACACGGGUCCGCGGCCGCUCGUUCUCUUCUUCGGUUCUGUGCAGUGAGAAUUGUCGUCGUCGCGCAUCUGGAGGGCUUCUGGGCGCCGCGUACAUGUACCCAGGACGGGGAUCGCCGCGUGGAACGUAGGAGAGCAACAAACAAAGAAUAUGCUGAUAAGAGAAUUGGCGGCCGUGUGGGUCGCCGUCCUCUUGUGCCAUCUUCAGCUAACGGAGUCUCAGGUCCCUGCCACGAACGUCUUCAGCUGUCCGAACGGAUGGGAACUGAGAGGCAUACAUUGCUACAAAUUCUUCAACAUCAGGCACUCUUGGGAGAAGGCGGCGGAACUAUGCAGGAGGUACGGCAGCGAAUUGAUGGUGGUGGAGUCGUACAGCGAGAACAACAUGUCCGCGAGCAUGAUCGGCCGGCAUUUGGAUCGUUACUGGCUUGGACUGGCCUCCCUCGACGAUCUACGGACCAACACGCUCGAAUCGGCCGCUGGAAUGCUCGUCUCCCAAUACGCCGGUUUCUGGGCGCCGAGGCAACCGAAUCCGCAAUCAGGUGAAUGCGUGGACGUCGCGUUGACAGAUGACCGACAAACGUGGGAGCUCACCACGUGCGAGUCGUUGCUCCCUUUCAUGUGCCGUGCCAACGCCUGUCCAGCUGGCUCUUUCCACUGUUCCAAUGGGAAGUGCGUGAACGGGGCGUUCAAGUGCGACAAACAGGACGACUGCGGCGACUUUUCGGACGAGAUCGACUGCCCGACCAAUUGCCAGUUCUACAUGGCCAGCAGCGGUGACGUGGUCGAGAGCCCCAAUUACCCGCACAAGUACGCGCCCCUCAGCAACUGCAAGUGGACGCUGGAAGGUCCUCAAGGACACAAUAUCCUGUUACAGUUUCAAGAAUUCGAGACGGAGAAAAGCUUCGACAUAGUGCAGAUACUGGUCGGCGGCAGAACGGAGGAGAAGUCCGUGAACCUGGCGACCCUGUCCGGCAAGCAGGAGCUCACUAACAAACUGUUCGUGUCCGCGUCGAACUUCAUGAUCAUCAAAUUCAGCACGGACUCAUCCGUGGAGAGGAAGGGUUUCCGCGCCUCGUGGAAGACCGAGCCGCAGACCUGCGGUGGCAUCCUCCGGGCAACACCCCAAGGCCAAGUUCUCAUCUCUCCGGGAUAUCCUCAGAAUUAUCCUGGAGGGCUGGAAUGCCUGUACAUUUUGCAAGCGCAACCUGGCCGCAUAAUAUCGCUCGAAAUCGAAGACCUCGACCUCGAGAUGAAUCGAGACUACAUUCUAAUUAGAGACGGCGACUCGCCGAUGAGCAGGUCGAUAGCAAGGCUAACGGGGAAGCUGGACGACAAUCCUACGGUGAUCAUGUCGACCGGAAGUAACCUGUACCUCUACCUAAAGACGAGUCUCGGCGACUCGAGGAAGGGUUUCAGCAUUCGGUACACUCAAGGAUGCAAAGCAACGAUCAUCGCUAGAAACGGAACGGUUCAGUCGCCGUCCUUUGGUCUAAACAACUACCCGAACAAUCAGGAAUGCUUGUACAGGGUGAAGAACCCUCAGGGAGGACCGUUGUCCCUGAAGUUUGUCAGCUUCAACGUCCACAAGACCGACUUUGUUCAGAUAUACGAUGGCCCGAAUACCAAUGGCCUCCGUUUGCACCCUGGGAACGGUUUCACGUCGAACACUAGACCAAAGAUCACCCUGACGGCCGAGAGCGGGGAGAUGCUGGUCAGAUUCACCUCCGACGCUCUCCACAGCAGCUCCGGCUGGCAAGCAGAGUUCUCAGCAGACUGUCCGCAGCUUCAAUCCGGUGAGGGAGCGUUGGCAUCGAGCAGAGACACGGCUUUCGGCACAACAGUGACAUUCUCUUGCCCCCUGGGACAGGAAUUCGCCACCGGCAAGGCGAAGAUCACCACAGAGUGCCUUCCUGGAGGGAACUGGUCCGUCACCUACAUCCCCAACUGUCAGGAAGUCUACUGCGGACCGGUACCACAGAUUGACAAUGGCUUCUCGAUCGGAUCGUCAAACGUCACCUAUCGAGGCCUAGCUACCUAUCAGUGCUACGCCGGUUUCGCCUUCCCGUCUGGGAGACCGACCGAGAAAAUCUCGUGCAUGGCUGACGGGAGGUGGGAGAAGAAGCCGUCUUGUUUAGCCUCCCAGUGUUCCCCGCUUCCGGAAGCACCGCACUCGAACAUAACCAUUCUAAAUGGAGGUGGACGAAGUUACGGAACGAUCGUGCGAUUCGAGUGCGAGCCAGGAUACGUAAGAAGCGGACAUCCGGUGAUCCUCUGCAUGAGCAACGGGACCUGGUCCGACCUGGUGCCAACUUGUUCCCGUGCAAAGUGCCCGUUGCUGCCGACGAUCAAAAACGGGUUCAUAGUCGACACGACGAGAGAGUACCUUUACGGAGACGAGGCCAGGGUGCAGUGCAACAGAGGUUACAAACUGUCUGGCUCGAACAUUAUACAAUGUGGACCUAAUCAGAGGUUUGACAACGUGCCAACCUGCGAAGACAUAAACGAAUGCGCAUCGAGCCAGUGCGAUCUAGCUUCCACAGAGUGCAUCAACAACCCUGGCGCGUUUACCUGCAAAUGCAAAUCUGGCUUCGCCCCGACCAUGGAGUGCAGGCCUAUCGGAGAUCUUGGAUUGAUCAACGGCGGUAUCCCGGACGAAUCCAUCACCGUUUCGAGCUCCGAGAACGGAUACACCAGAACCGGCAUUCGAUUGAACAACGGGGACGGUUGGUGCGGCAACAACAUCGAGCCGGGUGCAAACUGGCUGAUGAUCGACAUGAAAGCACCGACGAUCGUCCGCGGUUUCCGCACGCAGAUCGUCUCGAGGGUGGACGGGAACAUAGCGUACACGUCAGCGGUGCGAAUCCAGUACACCGACGAUCUAACGGACACGUUCAGAGACUACACGAACCCCGACGGAACGCCGGUGGAGUUCCGAAUACUGGAGCCAACGUUGUCCGUUUUGAAUCUGCCGGUGCCGAUCGAGGCGCGUUACGUCCGAUUUCGAAUUCAGGACUACGUCGGCGCGCCUUGCAUGAAACUCGAGAUCAUGGGAUGCACUCGUUUGGAGUGUACGGACGUGAACGAGUGCGCCACCAACAACGGUGGAUGCCACCAGAAAUGUAUAAACAAUCCGGGGAGCUACGCCUGCAUGUGCAACACGGGGUACGAGUUGUACAAGGGCAACGGGACUGCCGGUUUCUACAUAGAAAAGUACGAAACCGGCGAGAGAGACGGGGAUCUGUAUCAGAAGAAUAAGACUUGCGUGCCAGUUAUGUGCCCGGCUAUGUCCGCCCUUGAGAAUGGCAAGAUAUUGUCGACCAAGCAACAGCAUCACUUUGGCGAUUUAGUGAGAUUCCAGUGUAACUUUGGAUACGUGUUGUCCGGAUCAUCGGCUGUUAUCUGCACGUCCAGCGGAGCUUGGAACGGGACUACUCCCGAGUGUCAAUAUGCAAAGUGCGUGUCGCUGCCGGACGACAAGAACGAAGGCCUCACGGUGAUCCGCGGCGACGAGGCCAGCGUUUUGGUACCGUUCAAGCAGAACGUCACCCUAAAGUGUGGCAGCAACGGCCGGUACCUGCGAAACACGGCCACGUCGGGCUUCCGUCAAUGCGUGUAUGACCCGAAACCAGGCCUGCCAGACUAUUGGUUGUCGGGCUUUCAGCCAGCUUGUCCAAGAGCGGACUGUGGGAAGCCUCUUCCAACGCCUGGCGCCGAGUACGGCCAAUAUUUGGACACCAAGUACCAGUCGUCCUUCUUCUUCGGCUGUCAGGACACCUUCAAACUGGCCGGCCAAACGAAUCGUCACGACAACGUGGUCAGGUGUCAGGCGAAUGGUAUCUGGGACUUUGGCAACCUUCGAUGCGAGGGUCCCGUUUGCGAGGACCCCGGACGACCGAGCGACGGCUUCCAGCUGGCCAGAAGCUACGAGCAAGGUUCGGAGGUUCAAUUCGGUUGCAGCAGACCUGGGUACAUUCUGAUCAAUCCUCGGCCGAUCGUGUGCGUCCGAGAGCCAGAGUGCAAGGUGGUGAAACCUCUUGGUCUGGCGUCCGGUCGGAUCCCGGACUCGGCCAUCAACGCCACCUCCGAGAGGCCGAAUUACGAGGCGAGGAACGUUCGCCUGAACUCGGUGACCGGCUGGUGCGGCAAGCAAGAGGCGUUCACGUACGUGAGCGUCGAUCUCGGCCAGGUUUACAGGGUGAAGGCGAUUUUGGUGAAGGGGGUGGUGACCAACGACAUCGUCGGCCGGCCAACGGAGAUCCGGUUCUUCUACAAGCAGGCGGAGAUCGAGAACUACGUCGUCUAUUUUCCCAACUUCAAUCUGACGAUGCGGGACCCGGGUAAUUACGGGGAAUUGGCGAUGAUCACGUUGCCCAAGUACGUCCAAGCUCGGUUCGUCAUUCUUGGGAUUGUUAGCUACAUGGACAAUGCGUGUUUGAAGUUCGAACUGAUGGGUUGCGAGGAACCAGUGACGGAACCGUUGUUGGGAUACGACUACGGGUUCUCGCCUUGCGUGGACAACGAGCCCCCGGUGUUUCAGAAUUGCCCUCAGCAGCCGAUCGUUGUGCAAAAGGGCGCCGACGGUGGAUUGCUGCCGGUGAACUUCACCGAACCGACGGCCAUCGACAACAGCGGCAGUAUCGCGCGAUUGGAAGUAAAGCCUCACAGUUUUAGAACGCCGUUGAGAGUGUUCCAGGACACCGUGGUGAAGUACGUGGCGUUCGAUUACGACGGGAACGUGGCUAUCUGCGAGAUCAACAUCACCGUGCCUGACGUAACGCCACCGAAACUAAGCUGUCCCCAGAGCUACGUCAUCGAGCUGAUUGACAAGCAAGAGAGUUACUCGGUGAAUUUCAACGAAACGCGGAGAAGGAUCAACGCCACGGACGUUUCGGGGCCUGUGAAGGUCACAUUCGUCCCGGAAAGGGCGUUGAUACCGGUUGGAGGCUUCGAGAACGUCACCGUUUACGCGACAGACGCCAGCGGCAACAGAGCAUCCUGCCACUUCCAGGUGUCCGUUCAAGCAACGCCUUGCGUCGACUGGGAGCUGAAACCACCGGCCAACGGAGGAUUGAAGUGCGUCCCCGGUGACAAGGGUGUUCAGUGCAUUGCCACUUGCAAGAACGGUUACCGAUUUACCGACGGCGCGCCGGUAAAAACGUUCACCUGCGACGUUGUCAAACACUGGACCCCUUCGUCCGUGGUCCCCGACUGUGUCUCGGAAAAUACGCAACAGGCAAACUAUCACGUGGUCGCGGCAGUGACAUACAGAGCGAACGGUGCCGUUUCGAGGUCUUGCCUGCCGCAGUAUCAGGAUCUCAUGUCCCAGUAUUACACGAACCUGAACAGUAUCUUGACGCAACGUUGCUCCGCCGUGAACGUGAACAUGAACGUGUCGUUCGUGAGAUCGGUGCCGUAUCUCAUCGAGGAAAACGUUUUGAAGAUGGACUUCAUUCUCGUCAUCGUGCCAGCUAUACGUCAACCGCAGCUGUACGAUCUCUGCGGUUCCACGCUGAAUUUGAUCUUUGACCUGUCGGUUCCAUCGACCAGCGCGGUGAUAGAACCUCUGUUGAACGUCUCUGCCAUCGGGAAUCAAUGCCCACCUCUUCGAGCUCUAAAGUCGUCCAUCACUCGAGGCUUCACUUGCAGCAUCGGCGAGGUUUUGAACAUGGACACCAACGACGUACCACGAUGUUUGCACUGUCCAGCGGGGACGUUCGCCGGCGAGAAGCAGAAGCAGUGCACGUCUUGUCCCAAAGGCUUCUACCAGAACAGCGAUCGCCAAGGAUCGUGUUUGCGCUGUCCUUUCGGCACGUACACGCGAGAGGAAGGUUCCAAGAGUAUAGACGAUUGUAUACCGGUUUGCGGGUACGGCACGUACUCGCCUACGGGUCUCGUGCCGUGUCUCGAGUGUCCCAGGAACAGUUACACGGGCGAACCGCCGGUCGGUGGCUACAAGGACUGUCAGACUUGUCCGGCAGGGACGUUCACCUAUCAGCCGGCUGCACCGGGUCGGGAUCGGUGCAGAGUCAAGUGUUCACCGGGCAUGUACUCCGACACGGGGCUGGCUCCCUGUGCACAGUGUCCCAAGGACUUCUUCCAGCCACAACACGGGGCCACCACCUGCGUCGAGUGUCCGACGAACAUGUACACCGAUGGUCCAGGCGCGGUCGGUCGAGAAGAAUGCAAGCCGGUGCAGUGUACCGACAGCGUGUGCCAACACGGUGGCUUAUGCGUGCCGAUGGGCCACGGUGUCCAGUGCCUCUGCCCCGCCGGUUUCUCCGGAAGGCGUUGCGAGGUCGACAUCGACGAGUGUGCGUCCCAGCCUUGUUACAACGGAGCCACGUGCAUAGAUUUGCCUCAGGGUUACAGGUGCCAGUGCGCCAACGGGUAUUCCGGGAUCAAUUGUCAGGAGGAGAAGUCGGACUGUUCGAACGACACGUGCCCCGAGAGGGCGAUGUGCAAGGACGAGCCUGGGUUUAAUAACUACACGUGCCUCUGUCGAUCUGGGUACACCGGUGUCGACUGUGACAUCACCAUAAACCCUUGCACAGCCAGUGGAAACCCUUGCAACAACGGGGCCACCUGCGUGGCGUUGCAGCAAGGCCGUUACAAGUGCGACUGUUUGCCAGGCUGGGAGGGCCAGAGCUGCGAGAUCAACACGGACGACUGUGCCGAGAGGCCGUGCCUGCUAGGGGCUAAUUGCACGGACCUGAUAGCCGACUUUAGCUGCGACUGUCCACCAGGAUUCACUGGCAAACGGUGCCACGAGAAGAUAGAUCUGUGCUCGGGGAACCCUUGCCUGAACGGGAUAUGCGUGGACAAUCUGUUCAGCCACGAGUGCAUCUGUCAUCCUGGAUGGACCGGCGCGGCUUGCGAGACCAACAUAAACGAAUGUUCCGGCAAACCUUGCAGGAACAACGGCCAGUGCAUCGAUCAGGUCGACGGGUACACGUGCACCUGCGAGCCAGGCUACACGGGCAAACAGUGUCAACACACUAUCGACGACUGUGCCUCCGAUCCUUGCCAAAACGGUGGGACCUGCGUCGACCAGUUGGAGGGGUUCGUUUGCAGGUGCAGGCCGGGCUUUGUCGGACUGCAGUGCGAGGCAGAAUUGGACGAGUGUCUCAGCGAUCCGUGCAGCCCGGUUGGAACGGAUCGUUGCGUCGACUUGGACAACACUUUUGUCUGUCACUGUCGCGAAGGUUACACUGGAUCGUCGUGUGAGAUCAACAUCGACGACUGCGCCUCGGAUCCUUGUCUAAACGGCGCCACGUGCAGGGACGAGGUGGGCGGAUUUAAAUGCAUGUGCCCCGAAGGUUGGACCGGGAUUCAUUGCGAGAUCGACGUCGGCAUGUGCCAGAAUCAUCCCUGCCAGAACGACGCGGCGUGCGUGGAUCUGUUCAUGGACUACUUCUGCGUAUGCCCGUCAGGAACGGAUGGCAAACAGUGCGAGACCGCGCCAGAACGUUGCAUCGGCAAUCCCUGCAUGCACAACGGACGCUGCCAGGACUUUGGGUCCGGGCUCAAUUGCACCUGUCCCGACGACUACACUGGAAUCGGGUGUCAGUACGAGUACGACGCUUGCCAGGCUGGCGCGUGCAAGAACGGAGCCACGUGCGUCGACGAAGGGCCUGGUUUCACUUGUAUCUGCCCGUCGGGAUACACAGGGAAAACGUGCGAGGAUGAUAUAAUCGACUGCAAAGAAAAUUCGUGUCCACCGUCGGCGACGUGUAUCGAUCUUACCGGCAAGUUCUUCUGCCAGUGUCCUUUCAACUUGACCGGCGACGAUUGCAGAAAAUCCAUUCAAGUGGAUUACGACUUGUACUUUAGCGAUCCGGUGCGUAGCAGCGCGGCCCAAGUGAUUCCGUUCUUCACUGGCGCAAGAAAGAGCCUAACGGUGGCCAUGUGGGUGCAGUAUACUCAGAAAGACGAGGUUGGAAUAUUCUUCACUCUUUAUGCAGUGAGCUCUCCGCACGUUCCUACAAACAAACGACUUAUGAUCCAAGCACACAGCAAUGGAGUCCAAGUGUCGCUGUUCCACGAUUUGCAAGACGUUUAUCUCCCGUUCAGGGAAUACGCGACGAUUAACGAUGGCCAGUGGCAUCACGUUGCCGUGGUUUGGAACGGUGAAAACGGCGGCGAAUUGGUCUUGAUAACGGAAGGUCUGAUCGCCAGCAAGACGGAGGGUUACGGAAGUGGAAGAUCCCUUCCCGCUUACGCUUGGGCGGUGCUGGGUAAGCCGCAGAGCGAGAACACGAAAGGCUACACGGAAUCAGGCUUCCAAGGCCACCUGACGAAAGUUCAGAUCUGGAGUCGAGCAUUACACGUGACGAACGAGAUUCAGAAGCAGGUGCGCGACUGUCGCACCGAGCCGGUCCUUUACCAAGGUUUGGUACUCACUUGGACAGGCUACGACGACACGGUCGGAGGAGUGGAGAGGGUCGUGCCGUCGCACUGCGGCCAGAGAGUAUGUCCACCGGGAUACGGUGGCACCAAGUGUCAACAGCUGGAGUCCGACAAGAUUCCGCCGAAAGUGGAAUACUGUCCAGGCGAUCUCUGGGUGAUCGCCAAGAACGGCUCGGCGAUAGUCAGCUGGGACGAGCCGAAAUUCGUCGACAACGUCGGCAUCGCGAGGAUCCAAGAGAAGAACGGGCACAGAUCGGGGCAGACGUUGAUGUGGGGGACGUACGAUAUCAGUUACGUGGCAUACGAUCAGGCCGGGAACUCUGCCAGCUGCAACUUCAAGGUCUACGUGUUGUCCGACUUCUGCCCAGAGUUGGCGGAUCCGAUCGGUGGGACGCAGCAGUGCAAAGACUGGGGCUCCGGCGGUCAGUUCAAGGUAUGCGAGAUCUUCUGCAACCCGGGACUGAGAUUCUCCCAGGAAGUACCGAAAUUCUACACCUGCGGCGCUGAAGGUUUCUGGAGGCCGACCAACGAUCCGUCCCUUCCCCUGAUCUAUCCAGCUUGCACGAGUGCCACGCCAGCGCAACGCGUGUUCAGAAUCAAAAUGAACUUCCCAACGUCGGUGCUGUGCAACGAGGCUGGGCAAGGCGUGCUCAAGAAGAAAGUUCGAGACGCGGUGAAUUCUCUGAACAGAGACUGGAACUUCUGUUCGUACUCGUACGAAGGAACUCGCGAGUGCAAAGACCUGCACAUCGACGUCCAAUGCGAUCACCGGGUACGCGCGACCAGGGACACGAACGAGGAGGACGGUGGAACGUACAUAAUCUCCGCGGUAGUACCAGCUGAACCAACGAGACAAGCUCGGCAAGGAAGCGAUACCUACGAGGUGGAGAUCUCGUUCCCGGCGAUAAACGAUCCGAUUUUGAACGCGAACUCAAACGAGAGAGCGACCGUUCAGACUCUGUUGGAGAGGCUGAUCCUGGAGGAAGAUCAGUUCGACGUUCACGACAUCCUGCCAAAUACAGUGCCGGAUCCGGCCUCGUUGACGCUCGAGUCCGACUAUGACUGUCCCGUGGGCCAAGUCGUUAUGGCACCCGAUUGCGUGCCUUGCGCCGUGGGAACGUAUUACGACGAAGAAACGAAGCAGUGCCUGUCCUGUCCAGUGGGAAGCUACCAAAGUGAAUCGGGUCAAUUGAAAUGCAGUUCCUGCCCGGUGAUCGCUGGACGACCAAGCGUCACCGUAGGCCCAGGCGCUCGUAGCGCCGCCGACUGCAAAGAACGAUGCCCCGCGGGGAAAUAUUACGACGACCUGGCUGGCCUCUGUCGAAGUUGCGGCCACGGUUUUUAUCAACCUAACGAGGGUAGUUUCUCCUGUUUGCUGUGCGGUUUGGGGAAAACCACCCGAACGGCGGAGGCCGUGUCCCGAGAGGAAUGCAGGGACGAGUGUGGCUCUGGACAGCAACUGGCCGUGGAAGGAAAGUGCGAGCCUUGUCCAAGGGGAAGUUACAGAACGCAGGGUGUCCAAGCUGCCUGCCAGUCGUGCCCCGUCGGCCGAACCACACCCAAUAUGGGCUCCGCGGCGAUAGAAGAGUGUUCUCUGCCAGUGUGCGAACCUGGAACGUAUCUGAACGGAACGCUGAACGAGUGUAUGGAGUGCAAGAAAGGAACGUAUCAGUCGGAGCCGCAGCAGACCUUCUGCAUACCAUGCCCCCCUAACACCAGCACCAAAGGAACGGCUGCGACGAGCAAAGCCGAGUGCACGAAUCCAUGCGAGACAAGCGACGCGGAGAUGCACUGCGACGCGAACGCGUAUUGCUUGCUGAUACCGGAAACGAGCGACUUCAAGUGCGAGUGUAAGCCGGGAUACAACGGGACCGGAACAGAGUGCACGGACGUCUGCAUGGGCUACUGCGACAACGAAGGAGUGUGCCUGAAGGAUUCGCGGGGGCAGCCAUCUUGCAGAUGUAGCGGAAGCUUCACUGGGAAACGAUGCACGGAGAAGUCGGAAUUUUUCUACAUCACCGGCGGCAUCGCUGGUGGAGUGAUCUUAAUCAUUUUCGUCGUUCUUCUCGUAUGGAUGAUCUGCGUUAGAGCGUCCAGAAAGAAGGAGCCGAAAAAGAUGUUGACACCAGCGACAGAUCAGAACGGUUCACAGGUGAACUUCUACUAUGGUGCGCCGACACCGUACGCGGAAUCAAUCGCGCCGUCCCACCAUAGUACGUACGCUCACUAUUACGACGACGAGGAGGAUGGCUGGGAAAUGCCCAACUUUUACAACGAAACUUACAUGAAAGAGAGCUUACACAAUGGCAAGAUGAACAGUCUCGCGCGUUCCAACGCUAGCAUUUACGGCACGAAAGAUGACCUGUACGACAGAUUGAAACGUCAUGCGUAUCCUGGCAAGAAAGAACCUCAGAAACUUAGAAACUUUUGAAGAUUGAAGAUUUCAUGAGAAAAAAAAAAAAAAAGAGUAUGUAUGUCUAACGAGGUGCACAAAUAUUUUUCUAGACAAAAGCGACAGUGAUAGCGAGGGCCAGUGACCACGGCGUUAAAACCAACGUUCUACCAUCGUAGAAUACAGAGAAGAAAGAAAGAAAGAAAGAAAAAGAAAAAAAAUAUAUAUCGAUAUCCUAAUUACACAGAUUUCACGAAGGAUGUCCCGUCGUCGAAAAAUCAAUUUAUUUAUUACUCCCGAACGAGGAUUGUACUGGAUUGUGACUCGUUUUCGAGGGGAUUCGUAGCUUUCGGUGUAGAAAUGAUCGAAAUCGUGUAUUUGCGCCGAAUGUGGUGACACAAUGGCGCGAAGUGAUCGUUGCGUUGAUCGGUGCGUUUAU